AUGAACAACAACAGCCGGAUAAUGGUCCCCAUGCACUCUCUACCGUCUCCGGGCCAGCCCCAGGGCCCCACCUCCCACCACAUGGGCUACCAGUAUGUCGAGACGCCACCAUCGCCCAAAAGUAGAAAGUCCUCCUCUUUCAAUCCCAAAUACAUGCCGCCCCUGGACUCGUCCUACCGCCUAGGCUACAAGCCGCUCUUCAAGCGAGAAAACGAAGAUCCUUUCAAGUACGACAUUUCCUCCCCUACCCCGGCCCAGUCUCCCUAUGACGAACGCAAGACGUCGGCCCCGUCGGUAGUGACUUCAUCGACAACAGGCUACCCCAAUUACACCACCGAGCCGCUGCCUCGAAAGAGGGGCUACUCUGCGCCACAAAACAAGGCUAUGGUCUCCAUGGUACACCACAUGCAACCGCAGCAGACUUAUCACUCGAGCUCCUCGUCCAGCAACUCCUCUCGAGCCACCAUCAAAAAGGCCCGAAGAGCCUACCGGUCCAAGUUCACCCAGGAGCAGGACCGGCUCAUCAUCAGCAUGAAGAACGAAAACAAAACAUGGCAGGAAAUCAAGGAAAUGGUCAAGGGCGAGACCCCCCAUAACAUCCAGCGGCGGUACGAGGUGCUCAUGGCCCAGAUGAAUGGCAACCUCAUCUGGGAGCAGGACGAUCUGGAUGCUCUGGUCGAUCUGCUGGAGGCCGCCGAGCGACACAAAUGGAAACACAUUUCGUCCGAGCUCAGCCGAAAGCUCGACAAGAAGGUCACUCCUUUGGCCUGCCAGAAAAAAUUCAAGGAGAUGUUUGGAGUGGCCGAAAACUCGUCGCUCCUAGGCUCCUCCUUGUGCUACGCAUACUAUGAUAAUGGCUGGAAUUGUGUUGAAUAA